CCCAAGAUCACCAGCAGAGCGUCCAAUGCCCAACUGGCCGUCUUAAUUUUCAUCUGUACCGAGGAACACAAAGACCGGGUGAAGGAUGGCAGGGGCACAAGGACAAAGCUUGCCUGUGAUCUGGCUCUCCUUCCUCCACAGCUACUUGUUUCAUCUUCUUCUUCCUCUACCUGUCUCUCUUAUAUAUACUACAAGAAGCUAGUCCAGCACCACUUGAACACAUAAUCGAUAGAGCAAUAGUAGAGUUGAUUCAGGUCAAUGAGCUCCGAGUACAGCAGUGGUUGCCAAUCGGGUUGGACCUUGUACUUGGCCCACUCUUUGGAUGACCAGAACUCGCUUUACCACCACGACGGUAGCUCCUUCCGUGGAGAAGAAGAGGAGGACUUGUCCAUGGUCUCCGAUGCGUCCUCUGGGCCGCCACUGCUGCAUGGAGAUGAUGACCAUGGCUGCUGCUAUCACAACUCCGACACUUGCCUUCACACUGCUGCACCUCCAAGUGCUGCACUGGGUGGUGAUGGUGCCAAGAAGAAGAGAGCUGUAGCACCUCAACGGAAGGAGUACUCCGCUGCUUUGGAUGACACCGCCAGCUCCCAACUCUUCAGCAGUUCUGAGAACAGCUUCCAUGACUGCAACAACCACCAGAAGCAAUCCGUGGAGGGUCUUUUUGACUUCUCAUGCAGCUUCUCCACUACCCACUUUCGAGCCAGGCCUGCAUCACAGGAGCAAAUAGGCUACUCUCAAUCCUCAACUUGUGUCAAGCCAACCCUGUCAAAACCAGUAUCAAGGAAAGACGGAGGGAAAAAAGGAAGAAGAUACUGAAGGACCUUAUGCCUACAUAUCUCAAGAAGAUCUUCCUCUGAGGGCUCGAGUGUAUUAUUAUGGCUCCCUCUGUUGCUUUUUCUUUUGGCAUGUCAAUGCAGCGUGAGGCAACCUGAGAAAAUGGGAGGAUAAGAAUUAAGUUGUUUUCCGUUUUCUGCUGUAUGAUUCCCUUGUCAAGGGAGGAGGUAGCAAAAUGAAGCUUU